AUGGCGUUUGUGGUUGGACCUAAGAUAAUUCAACAGACUACUGAUAAGAUUAAGAUGAUUCAGGAGAAGAUGAAGGCCUCUCAGAGUCGUUGGAAGAGUUAUCACGAUAAGAGGAGGAAAGCACUUGAGUUUGAGGUUGGAGAUCAUGUGUUCCUUAGAGUUACUCCGAGAGUAGGUGAAGUGGCUUAUCAGAUUGCCAUGCCACAGUCACUUGCUAAUCUGCACGAUGUGUUUCAUGUGUCUCAAUUGAAGAGGUACAUUGCAGAUCCUUCGCAUGUAGUCAAAGUAGAUGAUGUGCAAGUGAAGGAUAACCUUACUGUGGAGAAAUUACAUAUGAGGACUGAGGAUCGAGAGUCGAAACAACUUUGUGACAAAGAGAUUGCCUUGGUGAAGGUAGUUUGGGGAUGA